AUGUAUCGCUUGACUGCUUUAAAACUCCUUGGCUUUUAUAAAUCGAUUGAUGAAUUCAUUUUCUUGCUGGCCUAUCUGGGCCUACCACUGGGACCCGAGGACCUUCUCACCGUGUUAUCUGUGGGAUGUGUUCAGCCUGAUGACAAGGAAAAGCUCUACUCGAUGAAAUGCCAGAGCGGUGAUUCCUCUAGUGCCCCCUGUUUGGCACGAAUCAUAAUCGCGUGGUGUCAUGCAGGUCGUUCCUCAGCCAGUCGCGACCUCUACGCCAAACUGCGCCAGCAUUCCUUGCCCCAGUUGGCAAAUCAUCCAGUCCUUUUACCCGAGCCGCAGAUCCGUGUGCCGCAUCUGAUUCGCCUGCCUCGGGAGCUCAACCAAUCUGACAUGGAAGCACAUGUGAGCCGUCAUCAUGCCGGUUACGCAUUCGUCCUUGUGCUGCAGGCGGGUGCCCUUUUCCUCUUCUUCGAACAGGUCGAAUUGAUCAUCAGGCUUCCGGAAAUCUAUCGAGACGAGAAUGGUGAACCCGAUCCAGGGAUGAGGUAUGACCUACAGUCUUUUCCGUAUAUGUGCGCGUAUAUAUUUGCUGUAAAUUACCUAGUCUACACUAGCCUAGGUUUUAUUUUGUAA